UCGAAGAUAUCCAGAUUCUCGCGGAUCUUCCUUUCAACUCUUCCUCUCUCUUCCUCUCUCUCUCUCUCUCUCUCGAAAAUUUCUCGUCUCUUGCUUUGCUUUGCUUUGUUUUGCAGUGUGUUAUUUAUAUUAUUGGUUCAAAUAUGAGUGUCACCCAAUUUGCCAUGGUGGAGGAGUUGGCUUUUCUUGUGAGGGAUAAUCUUCCUUGCAAGCAUCUCGUGCUUUCCAUGGAAGAGGCUUUGGUUAACUUUCUUCAGGAUGAUACCUGCGCAGAUGGAAUCCUGGAGUUGGAGCCUAUGGAUCCAUAUAGUCGCCUUCUCCUGCAUCGCCUGGCAGAUAUAUUUGGAUUUGCUCAUGUGUCUGUUGGUGAAGGAGAUGAACGACAUCUAAUUUUAGAGAGAUGCCCAGAGACAUCAAUACCUUCUAUCCUUGUAAGUGACAUUUUGUUUCAGCAUGAAGAAUCUCAGCCUCUUACAACUUCACACCAAUUAUUGAGGAGAAACAAUGCUCCUCCAGUGUUGAAGGCAAAGUCACCUUCUUCCCUGACACUGGAGCAGAGAGAAGCAGCUUAUUUGGCAGCUCGUGAACGAAUUUUUUCAAUUGAUGUGGAAGAGAUGAAAGAGCCUCAGAAGCAGAAGCCACGAAGUGUGCCUGUGGUUGCCCGUCGAAUGAUUGCUCAUGCAUUAGGCCAAAAAAUAAGUCCAUGGAAUCAAGAUGUUUCUAUUAAGAAUUGCAAAGGAUUUGAAGCGCAAACCACUGAAUUGAAUGUUCAAGACAAGGAUAAAAUUGAUCUCAAUUCUGGUUUGGAAGAAUUUAACGAAGCCAGGGUCCAGCCUGGGCAAGAUAUCAAUCCACUUGGUAAAGGUAGCAAUAACCAUGACUGCAAUGCUUCAUCACCUGCUCAGAGGAAUUUGCCUCAUGACGCAGCUGGAAAGAGUUCUACUAAUAUCAGCACAGCUUGUAAUGGAUCAAGCAGAAAUCGGGUCAAGGAGUACUCAAAAGAGGAACACAUGGGAGCUGCAAAGAGGAUGUUUGCUAAUGCAUUGGGACUACAAUCAGCCAAAGGUGGUCUUAUGAGGUGCAGUGCUGCAAAGCAACCUGACUUGGAGUGAGGUUAAAUAGUUUUUCCAUGUUAAGGAAUUGGUUUUCUUCUUUCUGUUGGAUGCAUGUCGGGAGCUCUCCAGUUUUCAACGUCAAUAACCUGCUUGUUUGAUGGCAUGGAAGCCCAAGAGCUCUUGAUGCAAUGUUUUCAAAGAGCGGCAGAACAAAAGCAUCAAGAGGUAACAGGUGGAUUUUUGCCUCUGCAUUCACUCGCAGGUAAAGAAUGGCUAUUCCAAGAGUAUUGUUUGGAACCAUGGUGAAGACAGUGCAGCACACAACAUGAUAUGAUGCUUUCUUAUUGUGGAAGAGCCAUGUGGUUGAUGUAGGAGCUGCCUUCGAUUGUUUUGGUCAGCUUCUUCCCAAAUGUGCCAUAUUCAAACUUUAAUACUCGGUUGUCAUUGGCGUUGUAUUUAUGGUAUAUGGUGGUGUUAUCAUCAAACAUAUAAGCGGUAUCUGCGCGAAGGUGCAUAUGAAAUGGUAGAAUUCCCUACGUGGUCUAGUCGAUGUUAAUGGAAUGGCAUCAGUUCUUGGCUGCCACUAUUUGUAAUUGAUAUUUAUAUAAAGCGUUUAAAGAAGCGAAUGUUAUUAUAAAUUUGGCCA